CGAGCCGUGCAGCAGCAGACGCACGAGGACGCUCGGAGAGGCCCCAGUCCGCCGCUGCUUCCAGGAUCAUUGGCAUCAGUCUCCAGGAAGCUCAGCAGAUUCUCAACGUCUCGAACAUCAACCCGGAGGAGAUUCAGAAG